AUGGACAACCUAGAACCACUACAUGUUAAGUACUUCCAUCAGCUUCUGCAAAACAUCCUGUCCACGGAUCUUGCAGAGCGUACAUUCGCACAGAUUAUCGACGGGCUGCCGACACGAGACGAUGUCGGAUAUUUCCCAACAUAUAGCCAUGAAAUCAAGAACAAUUCACGUUCCUCUUCAGAGGCUAUGAAAGCAGCAAAGGUAUUCCGAGAAAACAUCAACGUCGAUACCGUUGAAGUGGACGGGAAGGUAAUCCGGGCAUAUCAGAACACUGUAUUCGAAUCUCGAGAAUUUUACAUGCGAUUGCUAGAGUUGUUGGCCAUUGCUUGCCACGACAUAGCAGCCCUUCUCUACUUCAACACCGAACCAGGUCUCCGGCGAAAAGAUCAAGAUGCCGAGACACGCCGCGCUGCACUUCAAGGUCGACCUACAGAUUUUAUGCACGAGGACUACUUUGCGUGGGAGCAAUAUCCUAAUGGUAUCGCUGACGUUGUGGGAUAUUGGGCGGAAUAUCAUCUCUUUGGUGGCGUGGUACUCUUCGACAGGGGAGAAUCCGGCGUUGAUUGCAAGAGUGCUUUUCUUCAUCCGGUUGGAGGCUUCAGAAUCUUCCAGCUCUCAGACACACAGAUAUACCAGUUUUCCGAAUACACAAAACAGCUUGUUGAGGCGGCAGAUGGUGUGCAGCCACCAUUUCCAUUUCGUGCAGAGAAAUAUGCCUAUCGCGUCGAUCCUUUUGAUGCUAUGGCUCUCAACAUCUACCGCAACAGAUAUGAGCGGAAGAUACCCAGGAAUAGACCUGCUCGAUGCGUCCAGCGCCUCGCUGACUUUCCCGAACUGGCAGAUGCAGUCGCGCAGGUGACUAGUAGGGGGCAUGGCCAGUAA